AUUACCUUAUCAAGAGAGAAACAUUAACAAACCCAUCUGCAUUUUACUCUGUAAUGCAAAACUCCCUUUCCUCUCAAACUUUUCAAUCACUGAAUCAACCAAUCAUUGAACCCAACACCCACCCACCUGCCAUCUCCAUGUCUGGAAAGAUCUGCAUGGUGAUGAGGAUCAAUAUUGACUGCAAUUGUUGUUACAAAAAAUUAAGGAGAAUACUUCUCAGCAUGAAUGAAUUAGAGACCCAUUUGAUUGAGAAGAAGCAGAGCAUAGUAAGUGUGUGUGGCAAAUUCAGUUCACAAGAUGUAGCUAUAAAGAUAAGGAAGAAGAUGAAUCGCAGAGUCGAAAUAUUGCAUAUAAUAGAGUUUGGUGGCAGCCAUGAUCAACAUUUUCAGAAGCCCUUGGUAGUCACUACUUCAACCAAAUAGCAUUGAUCUUCUCUGAGGGGUUCUUUCACUGCUUCAGAGCUUCAUAUUGAAGGUGACUUGUAAUUCAUAUACCAAACAAAACCUGAAGCUUCAAAGCCUUAAACUAAAACU